CGUGUUAUCAGUCUCCACAUCCAACAGCCGCUCCUCGCUCUUCCCAUCGCUUCCCAUUGACAACAUCGCUACUGUCUUUGCAAAACUUUGAAGAAACCGGACAGCAGGCACAGCGUCGGAGCUGACCGAGAUGAAUCGACUGGAAGCAGCUUUGGGCACGAGCAAGCCCUUCAGCUCGGUCUCGGUGUGGAUCGACAGACUGAGCUCUGAAGCGUACAAGGAGGAUGAUUAUGAGGGCAUCAUCGAGCUGGUGGAUGCGAUCAACAUCCAGUCUACUGGACCUGCAGAGGCUUCUCGCGCACUUAGAAAGAAGCUCAAGUAUGGAAGCGUUCACGGGCAGAAGCGAGCACUCACUAUGCUGCGAGCGACGGUCGAGAAUGGCGGUCCAAGAUAUCAGACCUCUUUCGCGGAUCCGCAGCUUGUAGAGCGCAUCAAGCUCAUGUCGCAAGACCCGCUCGUCGACGCAUCGGUGCGCAAGAAGCUCAUGAGGCUCUUGCUGCAGUGGCAGAUCCAGUACAAAUCGGAACCCACCAUGAGGCACGUUGCCGGAUUGUAUGCUGCUUGCGGAGGCGGGCGCAAGAGCGACGCUCAGCUCAAGAGUGAGGCGGCUGAGGCUUUCAGGAAGAGGAAAGAAGAGGAGGACAGGCAGAGACAGAUCAGGAGCGAUCAGAAAGCGGCCGAGCGCUUGCAGAAGGAGGAAGACAAGCGCAAAGCCAAACAGCGCGGGAAUCAGCCUCGAGUGGUUUUCAACUUCGAAAAGGAGAAGCCUCAAAUCUUGUCAUCGCUGGCGACAAGUCAGCAAGCUGCGACUUCUCUCGUCAAUGCUCUGCAGCACGUCAAUCGCGAGAAAGAGAACGUGUCCGACAAUGAGCGUGUCAAGCAUUAUCUAGCUGCGGUCAAGGCAGAGCGCAAGAAGAUUGUCAGAUAUGUGCAACUUGUUCGAGACGAAGAAUUCCUUGGAGGUCUCAUCUCGGCCAACGAUCAGAUCAUCCUGUCCUUGCAGCUCUACGACAAGCUCCUCAAACCUGCAGAUGUCGACAGCGAUGACGAGCCACUUGCUGCUAUCAGCAGCAAGACUGCGGCGCAAAGGGAGCAGGAGCGCAUAGCUGCGGAGGACGCCGAGAUUGAAAUCGUUCGAAAGCGAAUUGCCGAUGCGCAUCUCGAUCUGCCAGAGGGUCAGCUUGAUCAAUUGCAAGAUAGGCAGCGCAUGCGCAUUGAGAGACACAACAGCUACAGGUCAAGCAUCCGAAGCGGCGUCGAGGGAGGUCACUCGGGUCCUGUGCGCGAUCUCAUCGACCUCGAUUUUGAUGCUGCAGACUCGCACAGUGCUGGGCAAGCGACUAAUCACACGCGUGGCCACACCGGCACGCUGUCCGAUUAUUCUGACUACGAGUCAGACUCCGACGGCGAGGCAGGGUCAAGCGGUGCUCGGGCCGGUGCGACCGGUGCGACCGGUGCAGAAAGAUGGGGCGACAUGGGGGCGUACGACCGCGAUGCUGGGUUCGAGCCUUUAGCUCAUCGGCCGCAAAUCGGGGAGCCGGUGCUUGAAGAUGAUGGAGACCCUUUUGGCGACGAUCGAGAAGCGCAAGAAGACUUUGAGAGGCUCAUGGCGAAUCAAAGACCAGCUCAGAGGCACGACUUUGCUGCAGUCUAAUCAGACGCGCUGUCAUCUCCGCCCCGCCAUGCGCCUUGCCUUUUGUGAUGACAACUCUCUUACCUUGAACCCUUUACAGUGCAGAAGUUGCGCGCAUUUGGAAGCAUUUGCGAAUUGGUUUCAGACCGAACCGAGAUAGCGCUAUUGUUACAUUACGAAGUUGCUCACUGCAAGAAAUACCAUGUUGAGCUUUU